AUGUCAGAUUCCAAAGAUACCAAAAAGCAGCGCUUGCUCGUCGUCUCUAACCGCUUGCCUAUUACUGUCAAGAAGGAUCCCGCAACAGGAGACUAUGACUUUAAGAUGUCCUCCGGUGGUCUUGUGGCUGCCUUGAGCGGCCUGAAGAAAGAAAUGCACUUUACAUGGAUUGGCUGGCCAGGUCUGGAUGUGCCUACAGACGAGCGCAAGGGCCUUGAGAAGCGAUUAUUAGAAGAGACUUCAACAAUGCCAGUAUUUGUAAGCAAUGAACUGGCAGAUCUGCAUUACAACGGGUUUUCCAACAGUAUCCUGUGGCCCCUGUUUCAUUAUCAUCCUGGAGAGAUUUCGUUCAAUGAGGAGUGGUGGGAAGGAUACCAGCGCGUCAAUCAGCUGUUUGCCGAUGCCAUCGAUAAGAUCUUGGAAGAUGGAGACCUCGUUUGGAUUCAAGAUUACCAUCUGAUGCUUUUACCUGCUAUGCUGCGAAAGAAGACUACCAAGGAUAUUAAGAUUGGAUGGUUCCUGCAUACACCUUUCCCUAGCAGUGAAAUAUAUAGAAUUCUCCCAGUGAGAAAAGAAAUUCUGUUGGGAGUAUUGGAGUGCGACCUUCUUGGGUUCCACACGUAUGACUAUGCCCGCCAUUUCCUGUCGUCAUGUACUCGCAUCCUCGGACUUUCAACCAUGCCAAACGGAGUAGAGUUUGAGGGCAGGUACAUCCAAGUGGGUACCUUCCCUAUUGGUAUUGACCCUGAGAAAUAUACCGAUGGUCUGAAGGACCCAAAAAUCGUUGCUCGAAUUGCUCAGCUCAAGAGCCGCUUUGGUGACUGCAAGGUUAUUGUCGGUGUGGAUCGUCUCGAUUAUAUUAAGGGUGUACCCCAGAAAAUGCAUGCAAUGGAAGUUUUCUUGAGCCAACACCCCGAGUGGGUUGGCAAAGUCGUGUUGGUCCAACUAGCUGUUCCAUCACGUGAAGAUGUGGAGGAGUAUCAGCAGCUCAGAAGCACAAUCAACGAACUGGUUGGCCGUAUAAACGGUCAAUAUGGCACGGUUGAAUUUGUACCAAUUCAUUUUAUGCACAGAUCAAUUCCCUUUGAUGAACUUGUUGCCUUGUACGCUGCCGCAGAUGUCUGCCUUGUAUCUUCUACUCGUGAUGGAAUGAAUCUGGUUUCCUAUGAAUACAUCUCAGCCCAACAAAACAACCAUGGUGUCCUCAUCCUUUCCGAAUUUGCAGGUGCCGCACAGUCCCUUAAUGGAUCCAUCAUCGUCAACCCAUGGAACACAGAGGAACUUGCUAAUGCUAUUCAUGAGGCAGUCACAAUGCCUGAAGAUAUCCGCAAGGCCAAUCAUCAAAAGCUAUAUCGCUACGUGACAAAGUACACAGCUGCUUACUGGGGUCUCAGCUUUGUCAACGAGUUACGCGUAAGUGUAGUAUAG